UUAAAUUUGUUUUGUUGCACGAUAUUUUGACUUAUGUAGAGAAAUCCUACGCAUCGUUGAAAUUAAGUAUUAUGUAAUUGUUUAACUAGAUACGAUCUGUUCAGACCUAGGCUUAUUCGAAGUUGCUUGAGUUAAUUCUACUCAUUAUUCUUCGUCUCUGAUGAUGUCUGAUGGAGUCCGGAAAGUGAAACGGCCAACUAGCAGUUAGGACUGCAGAAUUACUCUAUUCAUCGUUUAAAAGAUACAUCAAGAAAACUGAAAUGAAUACCAUUUCAGGUUUGCAACAGGUAGCAGCAGCAACACCCACUAUUCAGCAGGACGGCUUCUCAUCUCUUCCAGCACAUGAGGUUCGCUCCGGCACCAUGCAGCAGUCUCGUCCUCUACCGCGCUGGCUCUGGUACAUCAUCGCCAAAUCCCUGGGGAUCAAAACACACCCCAAAGACAAGCCCUGGUUUGCCACCCUCCUCUACACUCUGACUCUCAUAUGCACAGUCGGUUACUUCAUCAACUAUACCUGGUACACGGUGGCGGAUAUCGUCUCGCAGAACACGACCUUUGACUCUCUUAACGGUACCGUCAACAUCAUCAUGGCCAUGGGCUUCUGCGCUGUCAGUGUCUACGCCAACAACCUUGCCUUCCGCCUCUUCACAAACAGACUGUUCGUGCAGAGCGUGAGGCUGCAUACCAAGACCUUCCUUAAAUUAAACUCGGCCUUUAUCAUCGGCCUGCUCGGUAUGAUGUUCAUCGGCCUUUACAAUUUCGAUAACUUCAACCUAUUUGACGAACAAACCUGUGUUUCUGUCUCUAUAUCACCGUGGAUAUGCCAUUUGCAAUAUUCUUGUCUUGUUGGAUUGACAUUUUUUUCCUUUGUUUGGAACAUGCUGGUAGCAGUGGUGUGCUUGUCUGUAUGUCGCACACACACAAUAAGUGUUCGUCACUUUCUCCUCGAGUUAGAUGAGGAUGCCAUGAUCUGCCACAUCAAAAACUACCAGCACCAAAGAGGUCGACGGCGUCGCCAUACAACCAGCCUUGCGCAAGACCAGAUUGACAGGGCAAACAAUGCAAGCUUCAAUGACAGCGCUGCUAUGGCUGGGGGCUAUCAGAACCUAGGCUCACCAACCUCAGAGGACGUCAUCAAAGAUCUUGAAGAUGAGUGGGACAUGAACGAGUAUGAGAGGAGAAAGAUGUCGGUCACCAGACUUCAUCGCACUAGCAUGGGCAUUGAUUCUGUGGAUGGAGAUCUUUCCAAUCAUGAUGUCUGGGCUAAUCUUCUUGCAUCUGGCAUGGAGGGCGGUGGACAGAGCAAUAUUGCAGAGGUUCCAUCAGAAUUCGAGCAUGCACCAGGUCUCAAAAUUUUAGAGAACAAGGAGAUACUGGAAAAAUAUUGGAGACUUCAGUGUCGUCUGCGUACCACUUCCCACUGCAUCCAGCGCUGGUUGCUUAGCUGGAUCGUCCUCCUCAUCCUCUGGAGUGUCGUCUACCUCCUCUACUGGAUCAGCCACGAGGCCUCCAUCGUUGACAUGUUCCUCUUCCUCCUGCCCCUCGCCAUCCUACCCAUGCUGUGUGCCGGUCCCACAGAGGUCAAUGGUGAAGGUCACAAGGUGCCAAAGAGCAUCUGCCCGACCGAAGACAGACUGAGGAUCAUUGCCUUCAUCAAACAAUCUCCUCUCUCUCUAACGGUGUUUGGAUUUGAGUUGAGCUACUCGUCAGUCUUCACCACCAUCGUAGCCAUUGCACUUGCCUUUGCCACCAAGAUCAUCCUGCAGGAUGUCUCUGAGACCCCGCAGUACCCUCCCAUCACCAACACACCGAUUGCGCCUGUAGUAACACCCAGCAUGGGGCUUUAAAGAACUGUAACUCCUGAAGCAUACCCCUAUAGAUCUUCAUGCAAGAUGUUUCUAAGACCCGUAGUUUCCUACCAUGAUCACCACGCCACCAUCUUCACAUGUAGCGACAUCAACCUCAGGGCCUUGAUAAAAUGUGACUCUGAUGGUCAUCCUGCAUGAUGAUCUUCAAAUAACACCCAGCUUGGGGCUUUGAUGAACCUUAACUCAAGGAGCCUAAACCCGAAAUCCUUCUGCACAGUGCCUCUGAGACCCUUUAUUUCCAUGCCAUCACCUCACCAACACCUGCGGUAACACUUAAGCUUUGUUGAACUUCAACCUUCGGAGCAAACCUCUAAGGUCAUCUAGAAGCACGUUUCUAAGUAAACAACUCUGCCUCAUGCCAACUUCUUUCUUGCUGUUAAGAAUGUCACCACUGUGAUCACUCCCCAAAUCAUCCUGUAGGAUGUUUCUGAUACCCAACUAUUCACUGUCAGGUCUAUACCUACUUCUGAAGUGACACCGGUUUAUUGUCGUUUGGUCUAAAACCAGUUCAUCUACUACUCAAUAGGUCUAUUUCAAUAUGGUCUACACCCAGAUCUUCCUGCAACACCCAGAUCUUCCAACUAUUCACUGUCAGGUCUAUACCUACUUCUGAAGUGACACCGGUUUAUUGUCGUUUGGUCUACAACCAGUUCAUCUACUACUCAAUAGGUCUAUUUCAAUAUGGUCUACACCCAGUCAUCGACUAACUGGCUAUUAGCCUAAUUGGUCAUUAGACCUAAUGAUAAGUAAGCGAAAUGAUUAUUAGACCAUGUGGAUAGUAGACUGGCUGGGUGUAGACCAUAUGGGAAUAGACUAAUUGGGUAGUAGACAAACAGGGUGUAGACCAAACAGCAAUUCACCAUGGAAUUCUGAUGAAAUCGUACACAGUUUCCUCCGUCUAAGUUCCUGGGAACACACUUUUCUUGCCUUACUGCCAGGAUGACAUAGUAGCUAAUACUGCCGGAUGACAUCCGGACUUCAAAAAUUACUUGCCAUCUCAGAUCACACAAAGAGUUAACUUGCGGUAGGACUACAGGUGAAUGCAGCAUAGGAUUAAAAUCAUAUUAAAUCGACACUACUGCCAGAAAUGAAAUAUGUACAGCAGAGGAAGCAACCAUGUUAGGCCUUCUUGCUGGACCCUAUGUGUCAGCAUCGUUUUGGUUGUAUUUUCCAAGUACAGGGUAGGACACGUGACUUGCACAAAGAUCACACCAGCCUCCUACCUAAAACCCCAUAGUCACUGUUCGAAUUAGGAGUACACGUGUAAGUAAGGAUUAGACCGUAUAAUAUGCCUCUAUAUAUUUAGCAGUAGCAAGUUAGAUGCUAGGAAAUAUUUUUAAUCUGGUGCAUGUAUUUGUAAUAGAAGAACUCUUAAAGAACUUGGUGAAUGAUGAUGUUCAUGAUUUUGAGUGACUGUAAAGGAAUGAAUGAAAAAGAAAAAAGAUUAUAAACUGGUAGAAGUAUUUAGGAUGUUUAUAAAUUAUAUGUGAUGGAAUGCCUUAUAUUUGCAGUAUUGCCUUCCUGAUAUGAGCUUCUAAAUUCAUCGAGUUGAAACACCGAUUCCAAAGUCAAAACAUUAUUUUGCCAUAAAUUAUUUCAAACAUUCAUACAUGUGAGCAUUUUGGGAAAAUUCUACUUAUUUUCAUGAUGUAAAGAAAAGUCUAGUUAUUAUUCUCACCCACUGCCAAAAGACACACUGAUGUGUUUAAGAGCCAUUUAAGAGCAAAAAGUCUACUUAUUUUCAUGAUGGAUAGAAAAGUCUACUUAUAGUCCUGAUCCACUGCCAGAAGAUACACCAUGUGUCUCUUAAAUGGGCAUUCUCAUUUUUUGAAGGUAUAUUAAAUGUAUGGUAACCAUGCAGAAUCAAACCAAGGCCCUGUCUUAUAAAGAGUCAUGAUUGAUCCUAAAUCAGUCGCAAGUUUGCAGUCUCCUAUCUCGAAUGUCCAUAGUUGCAAUUGAUAUCAAUCGCAAGUUAAGAUUUAUAUCAAUUACAAGACGGGCCUCGAUUGUAUUUGCAGACGGAUAACAACAACAAGAAAACAUUUUCAUGUUUCUCUUAAAAAAUAAAAAUGUCAAUAUUGUUUGGCUCAUUAUGAAGAAAUCUAUCCUACUGAAAUUGUGUUGCCAAUUUGCAAUACUUAGAUAAUAAUAAUAAUUCUAAACAAGAUCUCCAGCGAUGGUGUAAUGUUGUUAUUUUCAAGCAAAAUCUUUUUUUUUUAAACUACUAAAUAAUCUACUUAUUUCAUCUGUAAUAUUAAUAUAUAUAUUCAUAUUUGUAUACUGUUAAAAGAUGAUCAGUAAUGAUAGAAUUAAAAUGGAGGUGGAUUUUUUUUUUCUUCCAAUGUUGUAGGUAUUAUGCAUCAUUACUAACCAUUUUGUAUUUCAUUUGAGUAAGAAGGUUGUAGAGGAAUGUAUUUUGUUUUGUAAGAAAAAUAUAUGAUUCAGGUUAUCAUUCCUAAAUUAUGUCUAUAUUCGCAUGCUAUGAUGGUGAACUUAAGCUUAUAAACUAGGUUUAUCGAGUGUGCUGGGUGUGCUUUCAAUUUUGCAAUGAUAUUUUCAUUAUCUUGUUUAUUCAUGCCUUAUUAAUAUGAUUUCCUGAAAGUCCUUUCAUUUUUUUAUUCAUUACCUAUGAUAUGUUUUUAAUGAAAUUAUUCUGUAAAUCAUAGUUUAUAUCAUUAUUUAUAGAUUUUAUCUACAUGUCAUCAUCCAUUUUUCAUCAAAAACUUCUUGACACUUUCUUUCACAGUGCUACCGUAUUGUAAUUUGCUUAUAACGGCAUUGUAUAUAUUCUACAGAAUAGGAAAUAAUCUUUUUUUUUCAAAUAUACUGUUAUUUAAUGUAGGCGAUGAUAUAUUGCUUGAAAUAAAUAUCAUAUAAAGAUAAAAUUAAA